GCUGAUCUGUCGUUCGGUCGCUCGGUUCGGCCCCGCAGCGCCAUGAUGUCAGCAGCGCACUCAGGGAGUGGAGAUUCGCGGGGUCCUGCGGGGAAACAAUCCUCUCGACUCGACUGCAGCUUCCGUCUUGCUCCAGAAGAGCUCCUCUGAACAGCUAUGGCAGCCAAGUCAACCCUGCUGAAGGUCAUCUUACUAGGCGAUGGGGGUGUGGGAAAAAGUUCCAUCAUGAAUCGCUAUGUCACUAACAAGUUUGACGCGCAACUGUUUCACACCAUCGGCGUGGAGUUCCUCAACAAGGACCUGGAGGUUGACGGCCACCUGGCCACCGUGCAGAUCUGGGACACGGCAGGUCAGGAGCGCUUUCGCAGCCUGCGGACGCCCUUCUACCGUGGCUCCGACUGCUGCCUGCUCACCUUCAGUGUGGAUGACAGCCAAAGCUUCCUGAACCUGGCCAACUGGAAGAAGGAGUUCAUCUAUUAUGCUGAUGUCAAGGAGCCCGAGAACUUCCCCUUCGUGGUGCUAGGUAACAAGAUAGAUGUGACAGAGAGACAGGUGUCUGCUGAGGAUGCCCGGCACUGGUGCCGUGACAACGGCAACCACCCGUACUACGAGACAAGCGCCAAAGAUGCCACCAAUGUGGCGGCAGCAUUCGAGGAGGUAGUACGGCGCGUUCUAGCUGUGGAGGAGCAGGGAGAGAACCUCAUCGCCACGGACACAGUGGACCUUCACAGGAAGUCUCGCUCUGGUGGCAUUUGCUGUUGAUACUGCCUUAGUAACACAUGACUCUGGAGCACAGGUUACCCCAGAGGAAAAGGCUGCGGGGCUGUGUUACCCAAACCCUCAUCAGCACCAUUUGGCAUGCAACAUUUCAUUGUGCCAAAAAGUGUAAAUAGUUUAAAGUUUUGCACUAAGGGCGAUUUCAAGCAGGUUUCUACAAUGGCUGAAUUCUGCGGGUAUCAAAUCUGUGACUUGAGGAGUCAGAUUCCAGUCCUUUGCAGUAUUUGAUAAACAGUGACCAAACAUUUUAUAUCUUAACAGUAACUCAGCAGGACAACAGGUAAGAAUGAUGAAAUAUGAAGUGUACAACAGAUUUUUUCUUUCUCCCCUAUAGUGUUUUUGCUCCUACA